AUGAUGGAGCCUCAAUCGCCCCCUAAGCGUAUCACGCGCUCCAGAGCUGCAAAGACUGCCGAUACUACGACGAACGCUAGAGCUACCAAGAUCGUGACCGCUGCGGCCAAGGCCAAAGCCAGUGUCUCUGCACCGACGCAAUCGACCUCAGCAAAGAGAAAGACCCGAGCCGACGAUGUUGAGGAGGAAGAACACAGCGAAGAACCACAACAAUCAGAGUCCGCACCUCGUACCACAAGAGCUGCAAGAGGCCGCCCCAAGAAGACAGAGGCGCCCGCGGCACCGGCACCGGCACCGGCUUCAUCUAUAUCAAGUGGUGUUCCUGGCCGGGCAACCCGUGCACGAGCUGCUGCCCGCCAGGUUUCCGGCACACUGCCUCCAGUUACCAAAGAUGAGCCAGCAAAGCCCACCCGUGGCCGGCCCAGAAAGGUGGUAGCCGAAGAAGCUACUACGAAGGAAGCGGAGCCGGUCAAGAAGACGACGCGUACACGCGCAGCACCAGUCACAGCAGCAAAGCCCGCCGUCAAGAAGACGGUAACAUUCCAAGAACCCGAGAAGGAAAACAUCGCUCCUGACGCAAGCAAGAAGACGGCCGAGAAGCCCACAGCCACCACUGGUCUCAAGGCCAGACCCAUGCGAAAGCCCCCCGUCCCCAAGGCACCUCGAUCUACCAAGGCUGCCACCGCCUCCUCGACCACGAAGACAGAGAAGACUCCUCUGAGCCCUAAGAAGGUUACUCAGGUUCCCAUGCCUCGCGACUGCUCCGAUGAUGAGCUGGCUGGUCCGGAUACUCCCCCGCGGCCCAUGAUGAAGAGCCCGACAAAGCCGCCCACUGGUGCCCUCGGGUCAUCCAAGAAGCUCAACCUUCUACCCGCCGACAAGACCUCCGACUCAGAGCAAUUUCAUGACGACGAAAACUCCACCCAGCCUACGACGCAAGAGGAUGAGGUCACAAAUGCUCUGGCCUCGCCUGCCAAGAGACUGCCCAACUCGCCUUACCGGGACUCGAUGAAGUCUCCAGCGAAGCGCGCCGAUGGAGUGUCUCUGAAGCCUGCGGCAUCUAUGCAGCCGAGUGGCGAGAGUGAUAUCGCAUCGUCCUUCAAGUCGUCUCUGCUUCAGUCGCCUGCCAAGCGUCCCCAGUCCGCCAUUAAGCCCUUUGCUCUGCCCUCGACCAACGAGGGUGAGAAGAAGGUUUCCAACUUCAAGGCCUCUCUGCUUCAGUCACCAGCUAAACGACCAUUGUCACCCAUCAAGGGUAUGGUAGCUGCAAAGCCCAUGGAGCGACUAGAGGAGAUGCGAUCUCCCGCCACAAAGCCUCUGUUGCUGUCGACGCCCACCGCUCUGCGCCCUGUCAAGCGAUCUUCCGAGAAACUCAUGGCCGAAGAAUCGGAUGGCCAUGCUGAGGAGGAAGAUGACGAGUUGGAUGAGGUCGCAGAGGCCAUGCUCAACGAGUCCAUCCGUUUGGAGGAGCCAAUGCAGUUCCCUGGCCGCCUCUCAGCUGUCCUGCCGAGACAUGCCGACCCAGUUCUUAAGAAGAACAUGCCUGUUCUUGAGGCCCCCCCAACUGAAGAGCCAAAGCUGGCUGAAGAGGCCGACCAUAUUCAACAGUUGGAUAAGCCCGCAGAGAAUGAUGUCUUCGUUGACGAAGCUAAUGAGAAUGGCUCGAGUUCGGACGGAGAGCCUAUGAUGGUCGACGACGAACCCUACUUCCAGCCUCAAGCUGCAGAGAGUCUGCAGGCCGAGGUCGCACCUCAGCUCACUCUAAAUGCGCCUAUCGGCAUUUUUGGCCUUCGACAAAAGGAUAUGGACCCUUACAGCAACAUGGAGUCCGACUCCGACGAUGAACUCGCCAACAGCCCCAGAGUCUCGUCAGCCCACAACUUGGUCCCGGCCACCCCGACCCCCGCCAACUCUCGACGAAGCAUCGUCAAGUCUAGGGUUUCAAGUGUUGGCUUCACUCCCUUGGCAAACCAGCUCAACGCUUGGUCUGCUGCUAGCCCUUCAAAGACACCCAGACGACCUGUCACCCCUGGACGCUCGCUUGCCCAGGCACCCGAGGGUCUCAUCUCAGGUGCUGCCACCCCCCGCACAGAGGUAUCUCCCCUCCGAAGUACCUAUUUCGAAGAUGAGAUGACGGUCCGCGCCGACAUGGAUGCCCAGAAUGAAAUCGAGGCUGCCAUUGAGGCCGAGAUUUCCGCCGCUGCUGAAGAUCCCGAGUUUGACGACCUCAUGGUCACCGAAGAAGAUAUGGCCUUGGCGGCUGAGGCCAAUGAGAUGUCUCUGAUGGAACCUGAGGAGCUUGAGGAGAUUGUCAACACUUCCAACAGCUUUGAUGAUACUCUAUCAGAGGCAAGCCAAGAAUACGGCGACGAGAACGACAUGCCCGUUGACCCUGCUAUGUUCGGUGGUGAUGCGUUUGUUCCGCCGGUGACUCCCAACCGUGUUCUGGCGCGGGAGUUCUCCACCGUUUCCAAGGUUCCUCUCAAGCCUGCAGACGAGUCAACUCCUCGUCCCAAGAAGAAGCGUGCGGCUAGCAUUUCCCGACUACCAGUCAGCCGUCCAAGCCUGAACAGGAGUGCUACUGUCAUCUCCUACUCGCCCGGCAAGAGCCAGAAGAAUGAGGAAGAGCAAGAGGGGCAGAACGAUGACGACUUUGGCUCAGCUCCCGUCACUCCGGCCAAGUCUGAUGUCUGGUCGACUCUCGGAACACCGGCGCGCACUCCACGCCGAGACCUCAACCCGGGUCUCCUCCGCGGAGCUGUCGUUUUCGUGGAUGUGCACACGACUGAGGGUGCGGACGCUAGUGGCAUUUUCGUCGAGCUUCUCGGCCAGAUGGCAGCCCGAUGCGUCAAGACCUGGACCUGGAACCCAAGUGCCACGGGCAACUCGGAUGCCUCAAAGAUUGGCAUUACUCACGUUGUCUUCAAGGAUGGUGGCAAGCGCACAAUGGAGAAGGUCAGAGAGUCAAACGGUGUCGUGCAAUGUGUCGGUGUGAGCUGGGUUCUUGAUUGUGAGCGGGAGAACGAGUGGCUCGACGAGGCACCCUACUACAUCGACACCUCCAUGGUUCCCCGAGGAGGCGCGCGCCGUCGCAAGAGCAUGGAGCCCACAGCGCUCGCGAACCAGAAUGGCAUGCUUGUUCCCACACCCGUCAAGGCUGGUCGCGAUGCCAAGACUGCGCCCAACACGCCCAUGAACCGACGUGAUAGCACGGUGUGGAUGCAUACCCCUUCGGAUGAGGCCGAGGACGACGAGGAUGACUGGCAGGGCCUGAUCUCUCCCGUUCCCGUCACACCUGCGCCUGAGGCUCUUGCUCGCUAUGCUGCAGAGACGCCUUCCGGGAUGACCGACUACGACUCUUCCCCUACCAAGACUCUGCUCAUGCAGACCUGUCCUCCUAAGCAAAAUACCUUUGCCCAGAUGGGCGAGGGCAUCCUCAACAGAGAUAAGGACGAGGGUGUGAUGCAGCGCCUGAUGGCGGCUCGCAGGAAGAGCUUGCAGUUUGCUCCCAAAAUUGGGAGCCCGUUGGCCAAGGCCUGGCGCUAG